GUGUUGACGAAUUAAUGGACCAACUUACUUUCACUCAAAAUUAAAACUAUUUAAAUAUUUAACUGUUUAAUUAUUUUUUUCUAUUAAUUAAAUAUGUCUUCUAAAGUAGGAAUGGGUAGGGAAUCGGGAAGGUUAAAAGAUGCAGAUAAAAAAAAGGUACUUGAUACAGCAACUAGAAAUCGUAGAGCACGUCGAGCUCUGGAAAGUUUGGAAAUGGACAACUAUCAACAAGAUCCACAUGCUGAUAUUGUAUUGAAUAAAAAAGCCCCUAAAUUUUUAGAUACUAUUGAGGCUAAAGGAGGGAGACGUAAAAAGGAAAAGAGUGCCGAAUACUAUAAACAAAAAUUUCGAAGGACAUUUGAACAGUUAAUUGAAGCCGAUCAAUUUAAUAACCGUGAUCCACCCAACUAUAAUACAAUAGAAGCACCCUCAUCAAACUUGCCACGUCGAAUAUUUUGUGCAGUUUGUGGAUUCAAAAGUUCAUACACAUGUACAACAUGUGGUGCACGAUAUUGUUGUAUUUCGUGUUUUAGUACCCACCAAGCUACACGAUGUCUUAAAUGGGCUGUAUAAACUUCUGACAUUGUAAAUAAUAUAAUUUCUCAUAUAUUUUUAAUUUUAUACCAUUUUAAUUAUAUAAAUUAUAAUCAUAUACUUAAUUAAUUUUAAUGUUACAAAUGUUUACGUUUUUUAAAGUGUAUAAAUCGUAGGUAUUUACCCAUUUUUACACAUCUAUCUAAAAAAUAUUAUUUUAGAUUUAAUGUUAGGAUUUUUAC